CUAGAUUCAGCCCACCCAGUACCCCGUACCAUCUCCAGUUAGGUAAACGCGGAGUCGUAUCAAUUCUGCGAAAUAUAUAUAUUUUAUAGUUGUAAACAGGUAGGGUGAAAGUGGCGCGUAGCGCUUAAUGCACGCUAUUUUUUGCUUGACUUUUUUUCACUAGUGACCGCCGCAGCUCUUCAUGCGGUCAUAUGCGCAGCGCACUUACUCAGAUAUUUAAGAACGAGGUUGGAGGGCCAGUUUAUCAAUGUACGAUAGUGCUUUGCUGGCGGAGCUUGCAGCUGCAUCUACUCAGAAGGCGUCUGCCGGAAAGGUCAAGCGUCAUACCAACCAAGUGUGGGAUGCGCCCGGAUUGACUAUUGAGUCAUGGAAGUUCAACGAGUGGGACUACUAUAGUACCAAAGUAAAACUACCGAUCCCUUCCCGUGGCUUGUUUACCAAGGAAGACCAGAUCGUCGUCCGAGGCUACGACAAGUUUUUCAACGUUGGUGAGGUAGAAUCCACCAAAUGGAACAGUAUUCUCACCGAAACCACUGGGCCUUACGCAUUGACCUUGAAGGAGAAUGGCUGUAAGAUCAUGAUCGGUGGCUACAACGGGAAGCUCAUUGUUACGUCCAAAAACCGGACUGGUCCCCAGGAAAAUGAUUAUAAAAAUCACUCGCUUGCUGCCACCAACUGGAUCAAGGCCCGGUUGAAGGAGGCUGGCAAGACCGAGCAAGAACUAGCCAGCGAGCUCGAGGAAAAAGACCUGACAGCGGUAGGCGAGUUCUGCGACGAUAAUUUCGAGGAACACGUCUUGGCGUACCCUCCGGAGAGUGCUGGAAUCUACCUCAAUGGUCUCAACAGAAACACCAGAGAGUUUCAAACUCUGGCCCCCAACGUGGUCAACGAGCUUGGAGCCAGGUAUGGAUUUCUACGCACAGACUUUUUGAUGGUAGAAGGCGUGGACGAAACAAAACAAUUCUUGGAAAAGUGUGCCGAAACAGGUGCCUACAACGGUCGUGACAUCGAAGGGUUUGUGGUCAGAUGCAAGAAGGAUGGAAAGGACUUUUUCUUCAAGUACAAGUUCAAGGAACCAUACCUUAUGUACCGGGAGUGGAGAACAGCGACCCAUGUCAUUCUAAAGGACCCCCAGGCCGCCUGGAAAUCCAAAAUGCACAAGGAGGCCACCAACGAGUUUCUCAAGUUUGCACGCCCAUACCUGAAAAGUCACCCAGAACUGGCAGAGAAGAUCCAAAAAGAAGGAAAGGGCAUCAUUGAGCUCCGGGAAAAGUUUUUGGAGUAUUCCAAUCUUGAUCCAGAACAGCUCCUGCAGCUUCAGAUCAACGAGAAGGGAACUGAUAAAUACGUACUGAUCCCUGUUGCGACCAUAGGAUGCGGUAAAACAACCGUUGCAUUAACGCUGGCGUCUUUGUACGGUUGGGGUCACGUCCAGAAUGACGAUGUUUCGAGCAAGUCAGGUAAGUUCCGUACCUUCUCGAACCGCAUCAGUCAAGCGUUCAGUGAGCACGAUGUGGUCAUCGUUGAUAGAAACAACCAUCAAUUCAGAGAGCGUCAGCAGUUGUUUGAAGCUAUGGAUUUGAUGGCGGACGCGAAUGGAUACGACAUGCACUAUAUUGGUCUCGAUUUCCUCCCCAAUGGUCCGGCCCAGAAAGAAUGGGAGGUCACUUUGAGCAGAGUGAUGAAUCGUGGUGACAAUCACCAGACAAUUCGCAAUAUGGACAGGCCUGCUGUUGAGGCAAUCAUGAAAGGGUUCCGCGGUCGGUAUCAACCUAUCACAGUGGCCAAAGAGCCUGACUCAAACUUUGAGUUGGUGAUCGAUGUGAACUGUGCGCGGGGGUCCAAAGACAACGUUACUGCUGUGGUGAGUGCCUUGAAUGAUGCAUACGACAUGGAUCUCGAGACCAAGCCGGAGGAGCUGAAUGCAGCUUUUUCAGCCGCCCUUGAACACAAGGCGAAGAUUCCUGUGGGCACUCAGCCGGCCCAAAAACGUGCCACAUGGAGCUUCUUCUGUAUCAGGGUUGAUUCCAAAGAGAUGAUGCAACUACUUGCGUCGAAUCUGCAAGGAAAUCCGUUCUGGCAAGAAUUGCAAGUAAGCAAGGGCAUGAGCCUCAAACAGGAAUUCCAUGUAACACUAGCUCACAAGGCGAGCGAGAAAACUCAAUUCAAGGCCUUGAAAACAAAAUACCACAAAUUGCUUACUGGCUCUAAAGAAAAUGGCUUUGUUGACCUCAACGUUGAGGAACCGGUCAUAGUGGAAAGCAUUUGCUGGAAUACCCGCAUUAUGGCUGCCGCAGUCUCGUUACCGGGUGAACACUGCUCGUCGAAUUUCCACCCCCACAUCACGGUUGGAAUGGCCAAAGGCGUGCCUCCAAAAGAAGCUAAUGCCAUGAUGAACAACUACGAUAACCGGGUUGAAAUAAAGCCUGUUCGGCUAACGGGUAGAUUAUGUGCAUUUAGAUAG